GAUAACCCUUUCCUUGCACCUGCCUAACUUCAAGCCCUUCAAGAUGAAGUUAUUUUUGUCAAGCUUUGCUGUACUUGUGGCACUCGGGGUCGCUCAGGGCGCCAGCAUUCCAAAGAAUUCCAUCCAACUAAAGAAUAUCGAAGUGUUAGACGGAGAAGGAAAAUACAUUUUGGGCUGGGAGAUAAACGAAGCGGGAGAUGAGAUCGUAUUUGAAGUUGAGGCUGAAACCUUGGGUUGGGUGGGGUUCGGCAUUUCUCCACAGGGCGGGAUGACCGGAGCGGACAUCUUCAUUGGUGGCGUGCUGUCGGAUGGGAGCACUUAUGCACAGGAUCGAUUCGGGAUUGGCAGGACGGAACCGAAAGUAGAUGAUCACUCGGACUGGAGACUAUUGGAAGCUAUGGAGCUGCCCUCAAUGGGUAAAACAAUCCUGAAGUUCUCUCGCUUAUUGGACACCUGUGACGACGAGGAUUACCUGAUUGGGAAUGACACAAAUCGUCUAAUUUGGGCAAUGGGAGAUGCUGAUAUUAUUAGAUAUCAUGGGACCACACGGCGGGGAACAAAGUCGACUAAUCUUAUUCACGCAGAUCUUCCAGAGCUGGAUUUAGAUACGGUACAAACUUGGCCUAUGAUUUUAGACAUGGAGAUGCCCACAGUGGAUACCUCUUAUUGGUGCAGCUUCCAUAGAGGACCCGUCUUAAGUGCGAAGCAUCACGUAGUUGGGUUUAACGCCGUACUACCUUCAGCCGAAGCUUUACAACAUACCCACCACUCCAUUCUGUACAAUUGCUUCCUUCCCGCCGGAUCUAAUGAAACCUUAGAAGAAGUAUUAGGCAACUACACGGUCGACAAGGGCCACGUUGGAGGGGAUUGUUACGAUCCUGACACAAUCCUACCAAUUAGCUACUGUAUCAUGGGGACCUUCUACGUCUGGGCGAAAGGGGGAAAGACCUUGGUCUUCCCUGAGGAUGCUGGUUACCCAAUCGGCGACCUUCCAGGCCAACAAUUUUACAUGAUGGAAAUUCAUUACGAUAAUCCCGACAUGAUUGAAGGACUCAAGUUUGAAACAGGGGUGGAAUUCUAUUACACGGACGAACUUCGACCACAAGAAGCCGGAAUUAUGAUCCUUGGUCACGAAGUGGACCUUUCAACGACUGUGCCGCCAAAUACGCCAUCCUACAAAGAUGUCGGACAUUGUGGAUCGGAAUGCACCAACAUGUUUCCCGAAAACGGCAUAAAUGUCUUCAACUCUUUGUUGCAUUCCCAUUUGUCUGGACGUAAGAUGAAAGCGCGCCACUUCCGGGGCAACGUGGAACUUCCCUGGCUUGAUUAUGAUGACCAUUAUGACUUUGACUACCAACAAAAUAAGCCUUUGAUGACGCAUGUUAAUGUCCAACGGGGAGAUCACAUCACAGUUGAAUGUGAGUACGAUUCCGUAUGGAAAAACGGCGAAAUCGUCCUUGGGGGAUUGAGCACUCGGGAAGAAAUGUGUGAAGACAUUGUCUGGUAUUAUCCUAAAAUCAAUGUCGAGCUAUGCACCUCUGGCUACGAUAUUGACGCCCACAUCAGAGAAUUUGGAGUGACGGCAUAUACCGAAACAAUGACCCCGAUGCUGCGAAAAUAUUAUAUCGAUGCUCCAGAAAAUUUACAAGGCGACUUUUUUGACUCGAUUACUUACAAAUUCAACUGGACCGAGGAGUUUCGAACGGAAUACACGAACAGAAGAAUGUACGGGAUUCAUACGGGGGCAUGUGGUAUUCGAGACGAAGUUGUCCACUACGAUAUAACAUAUCCGGAGAGUUUUAUCGAGUAUGUUCCUCCAAAUCAGUGUCAAGCUUAGUAAUAAGAUACAGAUUCAUAUUAAAAUAGAAUAUGAUCAAAAUUUGCAAUUUACAAAUGUGGCGAAAAUAGAAAUAAAAUGAAUACAAUAAUGUCUCGGACUACAA